AUGCCCAUGUCAACACUGAGUGAAGAAAGCACUUCAUCAACAGUGGUUUUUGUCAGCACCACACCUCUAAACAGUUCUGAGACCAACACGUCUUUAACAACUGUGGGUGAUAAGAGCACACCUCUGACCACUUCUACUCAGGCCAGUUCAUCUCCUACUACUCCUGAAAGCACCACCAUGCCCAAAUCAACUAACAGUGAAGGAAGCACUCCAUUAACAAGUAUGCCUGUCACCACCAGGCCGGUGGCCAGUUCAGAGGCUAGCACCCAUUCAACAACUCCUCCUGACACCAGCACACCUGCGAUCAUUUCUACUGAAGCGAAUUCAUCUCCUCCAACUGCUGAAGGUACCAGCAUACCAACCUCAAGUCCCAGUGAAGGAAGCACUCCAUUAGCAAGUAUGCCCGUCAGCACCACGCCGGUGGUCAGAUCUGAGGCUCACACCCUUUCAGCAACUCCUAUUGACCCCAACACAUCAGUGACGACUUCUACUGAAGCCAGCUCAUCUCCUACAACCGCUGAAGGUACCAGCUUGCCAAUCUCAACUACUAGUGAAGGAAACACUCCAUUAACAACUGUGUCUGUCAGCACCAUGCCGGUGGCCAGUUCUGAGGCUAACACCCUUUCAACAACUCCUGCUGAUACCAGCACACCUGUGACCACUUCUACUGAAGCCAGUUCCUCUCCUACAAUAGCUGAAGGUACCAGCAUGCCAAUCUCAACUCCUAGUGAAGCCAGUACUCCAUUAACAAGUAUACCUGUCAGCACCACUCCAGUGGCCAGUCCUGAGGCUAGCACCCUUUCAACAACUCCUGUUGACACCAGCACACCUGUGACCACCUCUACUGAAAGCCAUACAUCUCCUACAAUUUCUGAAGGUACCAGUAUGCCAACCUCAACUCCUAGUGAAGGAAGUACUCCAUUAACAAGUAUGCCUGUCAGCACCAUGCCGGUAGUCAGUUCUGAGGCUAGCACCCUUUCAGCAACUCCUGUUGACACCAGCACACCUGUCACCACUUCUACUGAAGCCAGUUCAUCUCCUACAACUGCUGAAGGUAUCAGCAUACCAACCUCAACUCCUAGUGAAGGAACGACUCCAUUAACAACUAUACCUGUCAGCAACACGCUGGUGGCCAGUUCUGAGGCUAGCAGCCUUUCAACAACUCCUCUUGACUCCAACACUUCUUUGACCACUUCUACUGAAGCCAGUUCAUCUCCUCCCACUGCUGAAGGUACCAGCAUGCCAAGCUCAACUCCUAGUGAAGGAAGCACUCCUUUAACAGGUGUGCCUGUCAGCACCACAAUGGUGGCUACUUCUGAAACGAGCACCCUUUCAACAACUCCUGCUUACACCGGCACACCUGUGACCACUUAUUCUCAAGCCAGUCCAUCUCCUAUAACUGCUGACGGAAUCAGCAUGUCAACCUCAACUUAUAGUGAAGGAAGCACUCCACUAACAAGCAUGCCUGUCAGCACCACGCCGGUGGUCAGUUCUGAGGCUAACACCCUUUCAAAAACUCCUGUUGACUCCAACACUCCGGUGACCACUUCUACUGAAACCAGUUCAUCUCCUACAACCGCUGAAGGUACCAGCUUGCCAACCUCUACUACUAGUGAAGGAAGCACUCCUUUAACAACUGUGUCUGUCAGCACCAUUCCGGUGGCCAGUUCUGAGGCUAGCACCCUUUCAACAACUCCUGCUGAUACCAGCACACCUGUGACCAUUUCUACUGUAGCCAGUUCCUCUCCUACAACUGCUGAAGGUACCAGCAUGCCAAUCUCAACUCCUAGUGAAGGAAGAACUCCAUUAACAGGUAUACCUGUCAGCACCACUCCAGUGGCCAGUCCUGAGGCUAGCACCCUUUCAACAACUCCUGUUGACUCCAACAGUCCUAUGGUCACUUCUACUGAAGUCAGUUCAUCUCCUACAUCUGCUGAAGGUACCAGCAUGCCAACCUCAAUCUAUAGUGAAGGAAGCACUCCAUUAACAAGUAUGCCUGUCAGCACCACGACGGUGGCCAGUUCUGCAAUCAGCACCCUUUCAACAACUCCUGUUGACACCAGCACACCUGUGACCACCUCUACUGAAACCCAUACAUCUCCUACAACUUCUGAAGGUACCAGCAUGCCAACCUCAACUUCUAGUGAAGGAAGUACUCCAUUAACAAGUAUGCCUGUGAGCACCAUGCCGAUACUCAGUUCUGAGGCUAGCACCCUUUCAACAACUCCUGUUGACACCAGCACACCUGUCACCACUUCUACUGAAGCCAGUUCAUCUCCUACAACUGCCGUAGGUAUCAGCAUACCAACCUCAACUCCUAGUGAAGGAACGACUCCAUUGACAAGUAUACCUGUCAGCAACACGCUGGUGUCCAGUUCUGAGGCUAGCACCCUUUUAACAACUCCUCUUGACUCCAACACUCCUUUGACCACUUCUACUGAAGCCAGUGCAUCUCCUCCCACUGCUGAAGGUACCAGCAUGCCAACCUCAACUCCUAGUGAAGGAAGCAGUCCUUUAACAAGUGUGCCUGUCAGCACCACAACGGUGGCCAGUUCAGAAACGAGCACCCUUUCAACAACUCCUGCUGACGCCAGCACACCUGUGACCACUUAUUCUCAAGCCAGUUCAUCUCCAACAGCUGCUGAUGGUGCCAGCAUGCCAACCUCAACUUAUAGUGAAGGAAGCACUCCUCUAACAAGUAUGUCUGUCAGGACCAUGACGGUGGUCAGUUCUGAGGCUAGCACCCUUUCCACAACUCCUGUUGACACCAGCACACCUGUCACCACUUCUACUGAAGCCAGUUCAUCUCCUACAACUGCUGAAGGUGCCAGCAUACCAACCUCAAGGUCUAGUGAAGGAACGACUCCAUUGACAAGUAUACCUGUCAGCAACACGCUGGUGUCCAGUUCUGAGGCUAGCACCCUUUCCACAACUCCUGUUGACACCAGCACACCUGUCACCACUUCUACUGAAGCCAGUUCAUCUCCUACAACUGCUGAAGGUGCCAGCAUACCAACCUCAAGGCCUAGUGAAGGAACGACUCCAUUGACAAGUACACCUGUCAGCAACACGCUGGUGUCCAGUUCUGAGGCUAGCACCCUUUCCACAACUCCUGUUGACACCAGCACACCUGUCACCACUUCUACUGAAGCCAGUUCAUCUCCUACAACUGCUGAAGGUACCAGCAUACCAACCUCAAGUCCCAGUGAAGGAAGCACUCCAUUAGCAAGUAUGCCUGUCAGCACCACGCCGGUGGUCAGAUCUGAGGCUCACACCCUUUCAGCAACUCCUAUUGACCCCAACACUCCAGUGACUACUUCUACUGAAGCCAGUUCAUCUCCUACAACCGCUGAAGGUACCAGUACCAGCUUGCCAACCUCUACUACUAGUGAAGGAAGCACUCCAUUAACAACUGUGUCUGUCAGCACCAUGCCGGUGGCCAGUUCUGAGGCUAACACCCUUUCAACAACUCCUGCUGACACCAGCACAGCUGUGACCACUUCUACUGAAGCCGGUUCCUCUCCUACAACUGCUGAAGGUACCGGCAUGCCAAUCUCAAUUCCUAGUGAAGGAAGUACUCCAUUAACAAAUAUACCUGUCAGCACCACUCCAGUGGCCAGUCCUGAGGCUAGCACCCUUUCAACAACUCAUGUGGACACCAGCACACCUGUGACCACCCCUACUGAAAGCCAUACAUCUCCUACAACUUCUGAAGGUACCAGCAUGCCAAGCUCAACUCCUCGUGAAGGAAGCACUCCUUUAACAAGUGUGCCUGUCAGCACCACAAUGGUGGCCAGUUCGGAAAUGAGCACUCUUUCAACAACUCCUGCUGAUGCCAGCACACCUGUGACCACUUAUUCUCAAGCCAGUUCAUCUCCUACAACUGCUGAUGGUGCCAGCAUGCCAACCUCAACUUAUAGUGAAGGAAGCACUCCUCUAACAAGUAUGUCUGUCAGGACCCUGCCGGUGGUCAGUUCUGAGGCUAGCACCCUUUCCACAACUCCUGUUGACACCAGCACACCUGUCACCACUUCUACUGAAGCCAGUUCAUCUCCUACAACUGCUGAAGGUACCAGCAUACCAACCUCAAGUCCCAGUGAAGGAAGCACUCCAUUAGCAAGUAUGCCCGUCAGCACCACGCCGGUGGUCAGAUCUGAGGCUCACACCCUUUCAGCAACUCCUAUUGACCCCAACACUCCAGUGACUACUUCUACUGAAGCCAGUUCAUCUCCUACAACUGCUGAAGGUACCAGUACCAGCUUGCCAACCUCUACUACUAGUGAAGGAAGCACUCCAUUAACAACUGUGUCUGUCAGCACCAUGCCGGUGGCCAGUUCUGAGGCUAACACCCUUUCAACAACUCCUGCUGACACCAGCACAGCUGUGACCACUUCUACUGAAGCCGGUUCCUCUCCUACAACUGCUGAAGGUACCAGCAUACCAACCUCAACUCCUAGUGAAGGAAGCACUCCAUUAACAAACAUGCCUGUCAGCACCAUGACGGUGGCCAGUUCUGAGGUCAGCACCACGCUGGUGGCCAGUUCCGAGGCAAGCACCACUUCAACAAUUCCUGUUGACUCCAACACUUUUGUGACGACUUCUAGUGAAGCUAGUUCAUCUCCUACAACUGCUGAAGUUCUACUGAAGCCAGUUCCUCUCCUACAACUGCUGAAGGACAAGUGUGACCACUUCUUCUCAAGCCAGUUCAUCUCCAACAACUGUUGA